AAUAGAAGCAUCCGAUAGCCAUUGAAGAUGCUUUCACAGUUGUAGUGCAGAACAGAUAAAACACUCUUUCUCUGCCUCUGCUGUCUCUGUUACUGCAAGUAAUGGCAAGAGCAGCUUGCAAUCACUUUCACCUAGUUCCCAAUUUAGUUCAUCCAUUGAAGUCAACACUCCUUUUCACAAAUCAAACUCUUUUCAACAGAAACACUCACCUUUAUGGGAUUCAGCGAAGGUUCUCUUCUUCUUCAUCCAAGAUAAGCAUGAGCCUCCGGGCUGGCAUCGUUGGUCUCCCUAAUGUUGGCAAGUCCACUCUUUUCAAUGCUGUUGUUGAAAAUGGAAAGGCUCAAGCUGCUAAUUUUCCUUUUUGUACAAUAGAGCCGAAUGUAGGGAUUGUUGCUGUUCCAGAUUCUCGUCUCCCUGUGCUCUCUGAUCUCAGUAAAUCUCAACGAGUGGUUCCAGCAUCCAUAGAAUUUGUAGAUAUUGCUGGGCUUGUCAAGGGUGCAAGUCAGGGCGAGGGGCUGGGUAAUAAGUUUUUGUCACAUAUUCGUGAGGUUGACUCUAUUCUUCAGGUCGUACGAUGUUUUGAGGAUAAUGACAUUGUUCAUGUGAAUGGGAAAGUCGAUCCCAAGUCUGAUAUUGAUGUUAUCAACUUGGAGCUUGUUUUCUCAGACUUGGACCAGAUUGAUAAAAGAAUGGAUAAACUAAAGAAAAGCAAGACACAGAAUUCACAAUCUAAACUCAAGGAAGAGGCAGAAAAGUCUGCAUUGGAAAAGAUUCAGGAAGGACUCAUGGAUGGAAAACCUGCACGAUCUGUGACCUUAACAGAUUUUGAAAGGGAUGCUGUAAAGCAUCUCUGCUUGCUCACCAUGAAACCUGUUACAUAUGUGGCAAAUGUUGCGGAAUCUGAUCUAGCAGAUCCUGCAAACAAUAAUUAUGUCAAGGAUGUUACGAAUGUUGCAUCUGAGUUGCAGUCAGGAAUUGUAACAAUUUCAGCACAGGUUGAGGCAGAGCUUACUGAACUAUCAAUUGAAGAAAGACAAGAAUAUUUGAAAUCUCUUGGUGUUAGUGAAAGUGGUCUUGGGAACCUAAUUAGGGCAACCUAUGACCUUUUGGGGCUGCGAACUUAUUUUACUUCUGGUGAGAAGGAGACAAAAGCAUGGACAAUACUUGCGGGAAUGACUGCGCCUCAGGCUGCUGGAGUUAUUCACUCUGACUUUGAGAAGGGUUUCAUUCGAGCAGAAACAGUGUCUUAUGAUGACUUUGUUGCUGCUGGUUCACUUGCUGCAGCACGAGAGAAAGGACUUUUGAGAUCUGAAGGUAAAGACUACAUUGUACAAGAAGGAGAUGUCAUGUUGUUUCGAUUCAAUGUUUAGCAGAACAUACUGCUCCCAGCUGGGAGUCAGUGGAGAAGUUGAGAUAUAAUUCAUGACUAAGGUCAGGAUAUUUUUUUCAGCCAUUUGCUGGUUUAGUUUGGAUAAGCAUUGUUUUGUUUUAGUAACAAAAUGUUCCCAACUAGGAGCCAUUGGAGAAGUUGAGACAUAAUUUAUGACUACAGGUGGAAAUUAUUUCAGCCAAUUGCUGGUUAUAGUUAGGAGAGGCAUUGUUUUUUUGUGAAAACAUUCAAAAUUUGUAAUAUUGCAAUACAUUAAAUUUGCUUGAAUAAUUAUGAUAUAAUAGUAAGAAUGAAAAUUCUCUCUCCCUCAUCUUUGGCUAUAAAUUCAAAAUGCAUUAUACUCCAAUGUA